UACAGCCAACAAAGAAACUGCUCUGUAAAAUUCCUGGUGAGAGUCUUAUAUAUGUGUUCGGUGUUGUUGAAUUUUGAAGUUUGCAUGCAUUUUGAGGUUGUGGGCAAUGUUGAAGGAUGAUGAACUGAGUUGGUCGUUUUGACUUUGACGUUGGAUUCUAUGAACAAGAGAAAUACAAGACUGGACUUUCUUUGAGAAGGAAAACGCAGUGAUGAUCAAAAUAUUAUCAUCCAGCGCCGAGAAGAUCGGAAUGCAGCUUAAGAGCAAAGGUGGCGAAACCAUCAAGAGUCUCGAGAUUAGGCAACCCGAGAAACCUAAACCCCCAGCAGAAAGACAAAACCUCCAGCUGCCAAGCCAAAAGAAGCUGAUCAGAAGCCAAAACCUCCAGCAGAGAAGCAAACUCCCGUACCAGGGUGCCCACCAGGCUAUCGAAUUGGAGGGUGUUGUAAGCCAUGCCAUGAAGGGCAUUGUGGUGGACCAUGCCACCAUGGCUGUGGGAUUCCGCGUCAACCACCAUCCAAUGAUGGCUGGGCUUCUGGGUGUCGGUGUAACAGAAGCUGCGGUCGCCGCUGUGAAUUCUUGAGUAUUGAAGAAAUCCCAUAUGCACCAUCCUGUGAAUCAUACUCCAUUGAUGUGAUUGUCGUUGUCUGGUUUUUUAAUUCCUUCUCUCAGUUGGGUGUUGAGCCAGUAAUCAGU